AUGAAAUUGCUUUUCUGGGCUCGAGUGGUCAUGCGCAAAUGGCUCAACCUCACCAACAACAAUUCAGAUUACUCCGCCGACACUGACUCCGAUUCCGACUCAGUAUUCAACUCCGACCCAGAGGCUCUUCCCUGGAUAAGAAGAAAGUCGGAGACAUUCAGGGCUCAGUAUAUAAACACGAAGGAAAUCAGGAGGAUAAUCUGGCUGGGGGACCUGAAUUAUCGUAUCAAUUUGUCAUAUGAGAAAACAAGAGAACUAAUUUCGAAAAAAGACUGGGCUAAGUUAGUUGAGCAUGAUCAGGUAUGUGCUGCUAAAGGUCCUAGACCAAGGUAUCCACGGGUGUGGAAAACCAAUAAAAAGAUGGGAACCAUUUCUAAGUCCUUGAAGCUUGUUGAAUGUACAUUUGCUGACAUGGAGGAGCUUGGCAUCCGACCGACAAUGUCGAUUGUUUCAAUGGUUGGAGAUGUAUUUGAGAAGCUGGGUAUGCUGGACAAAUGCCGAAAACUAAAGAGGAAAUAUCCACCGCCAAAAUGGGAAUAUCGAUACUUUAAAGGUAAGCGCGUUAAAGUUAGAGCCAAGUAUCUUGAAGAAACUGGCGGGAAUACAGAUUUAAAUAAGGCCAAUAAGGAAGCUGAAGUUAAUUCAUCCGAAUCACAUGAGGAUGCAGAAGUUAUUUCUCACGAACUCUCUGAUGAAAGCAGCCAUUUUAAUGUUGCUGAAGUAUAUUCCACCGUACCUUUUGAAAAUGUCGACUCCAAAUCCGAAUGA